AUGGCUAGCGACGACGAUACUAAGUCGAAUAAAAGGAGCCAUUCUGAAAUGGCGGAUGAUGCAUCUGACAGCUCCUCAGACGAUGACAUGGGACCCCAGCUCCCAACCGAAGCUGCGCCAAAGAAGAAGCGCCGCUAUUUGCCUUACGAGAAGCUCUACGUUGCUGCACUGCCGAAAUCCGCCCGCUACUCCAAGUCCCUGAUGCACAAGGAACAAGUUUCCUUCGUGAACAUGACACCCUUAUCCGAGUUCCUCAUCACAUCUUCGACUGACGGCACGGUGAAGUUUUGGAAAAAGGUCGCAAAGGGCAUCGAGUUUGUUAAGGAGUUCAGGGCUCACCAAGGCGAGAUACUCUCCGUGUCCGUGAGCGCCGAUGGUCGCAGCUUUGCUAGCUGUGGGACAGACGACACGGUCAAGAUCUUUGAUGUCAUAACCUUUGACCUCUUAACAAUGAUUCCCCUGGGAUUCCGCCCCCGGAGUAUUUGUUGGGUCCAUAAGAAAGGCGCAUCAUUGCCGCUGCUUGCCGUGUCCGAAGACACGAAGCCGCUCAUUCACAUCUACGACGGUCGGGGCGUAAAGAAUGAGCCGGUUCAUACUAUAAAGGGCCUUCACCCCGAUGAAGGUGGCAUGGUAGAAUACUGGCAACCUAGCGGGGACUACGAGAAGCCAAGCAGUGUGUUCGCCCUCAAGAGCUCGACGAACCUCUUUGAUUUCAAAAAGGCCAAGUCUGCCCCUGUGUCUCUGACGAUCAGCCCUGACGGGAAACAGCUCGCUGCGUUCUCGCUCCCGGACCGGAAAAUCCGACUUUUCGAUUUCGCGUCGGCGAAGCUGUACAGGACAUAUGAUGAAUCUCUGCAGAUUAUCGAAGAUAUGCAUCAAACUGGAUCAGAAUUUCACAAAUUGGAUAACGUCGAGUUCGGCAGGAGGUUUGCGCUGGAGAGGGAGAUUGAGUCGCCUGCUCUCCGGAAUAAACCAAACGUAAUAUUCGACGAGUCGGGCCACUUCAUUCUCUACGGUUCCAUCCACGGCAUCAAAGUUGUGAAUACGUACACCAACCAAGUUGUCAAGACAUUCGGCAAGGACGAGAAUUUCCGCCCUUUGAACUUGACGCUCUACCAGGGACAGCCCCAAAAGAAGAAGGUGGCUUCGAUCGAGAUGGGCGCUUCGAGCAACCCCCUCCUGCAAGAGCAAGAAGCAAGAGACCCGAUUCUCACGGCGACAGGCAUCGGAAAGGUUCGGUUCUACAUGUUUACAAACGAGGAAGAAGUGUCCAAGUCUACCAGGGAUGUGCAAAAUGAACGGCCGACCGCCAUCAGUCAGAAGGCGGCUGCCGCUGCGGCUGCCAAGGCGGCGGUGGCAGGGACCGGGGCCAUAAUCCACACCACUUACGGCGACAUACACAUCCGGCUAUUCCCCAAAGAGGCUCCGAAGGCGGUGGAGAACUUUAUUGGGCAUUCCAAGUCUGGUUAUUACAACAAUACCAUUUUCCACCGUGUGAUUCGAAAGUUUAUGAUCCAAUGUGGUGAUCCACUUGGAGACGGCACGGGAGGCGAGAGCAUUUGGGGCCGCGAAUUUGAGGAUGAGUUUAGUGCUCUCAAGCACGACAAGCCGUAUACCGUGAGCAUGGCGAAUGCCGGGCCGAACACGAACGGAAGUCAAUUCUUUAUCACCACCGAGAAAACUCCAUGGUUGGACGGGAAGCAUACAAUCUUUGGCCGGGCCACCCAGGGAUUCGAUGUCAUUCAUAAAAUUGAGAAUGUGCGGACGUACAAGGAGAAGCCCGAGAUAGAUAUCAAAAUUCUCAACAUCGACAUUGUGUAA